AAAGAUGGCUGCCUCCGUGUACUGAGAGGACGUCUGUGUAUGAUUAAUUCUGCUAAAUGCACGUUUAAUUUUUGUAAACAAAAUGCUUUUAAAAAACAGUCUGAACUCGACAGCGGCGGCUUUGCGAGCGUGGAAUGUAUUUACAGGGUUAAAACAGGGCAGCGUCCAGUCAGCAAAGCUGCAGUACCGGCCGUGCAUGGCGAGUGGACGAUGCUAUGGUGACCUGACCUGGAUACGAAGGAGUGCAUUGACAUGUAAUGAAUCAGUCACAAACCUGCAAGUAAGACAGUAUGCGCGAGCAGUACGAAAAAAGCAAGAAUUUCAGAGUCAGCUGCAAGACCUGCCGCCAACAAUGCUGAAACUUGAUUAUGCUUCUGUUCCACUUGCUCAUACAGUCGAUGAUGUGGUCAAGAAGCUUCUCUCACUGGAGCUUGCAAGCCAUAGUGAGAGACUGCGCUUGAAAGAAGAACAGCUAAUUGCGAAGGUCCAGAGACGUGAAAAUGACCGAACUUCAGCUGAAGUGAAGGUGGCUAUUUUGACGGCACGGAUCCGCAAUUUCCAGGAGCAUUUGCAGAAGCACCCUAAGGACAAAGCUAACAAAAGGUGGAUGCUGAUGAGCAUUGACCGUAGAAAGAAAAUGCUCAAGUUCCUGAGGAGGACACGCUAUGACGCUUUUGAGAAGGUCUGUGCUGAGCUGGGCAUCACAUACACCUUCCCUCCAGAGUACUACAGACGAGCCACUCGACGCUGGCUUGCUAAGAAGGCCCUAUGCAUCAAGGUUUUCAAAGAAGUGCAGAAGCAAAAAGCAGAGAAGAGGAAUAAAAUGAAUCCAGCUCUGGCUCAGAAGAGUAAGAGCACCAGCUCAGAUCCUACAGACACACAGACAACUGAAGUAUAAUAACGUUCAACUAAAUGGUUCAACCACAUGGUGAUCACCAACCGAAACUGCAGCUGCGGAACUUACAACAGAACUGAACACUCAUGAUUACAACAUCUGAUGUUCCGUGUUUUAAAUUUUACAUAUUUCACUCUGUGUUUCUUCUUUCUAUACUGAAAUUCUGGUCAAUAAAUUAAACGCACAGUGA